GCUGGCCAGCUAUUAGUAGUGUCAAAGUAGCCACAUGCUAGGCUAGCCUUUGUCAACAUUAAAGGCAGCCUGAGCUGCUGAGAGUUUGAGCUGUGGAGAGAAGACUAGGCUACUGGCGUAUGAACACUAAAGUGAUUCAUCAUGAAGACCAAUAAAUCAUAUAAACUUGUGCUGCACAAAAAAGGAUUUGGUGGAAGUGAUGACGAGUUGGUUGUGAACCCUAAAGUUUUCCCUCAAGUCAGUGUAGGAGAUAUAAUCGAGGUUGCACACCCCACAGAUGAAUACAGUCCUCUCCUCCUGCAAGUGAAGAGCCUCAAGGAGGACCUGCAGAAAGAAACAAUCAGUGUGGAUCAGACUGUAGCACAAGCCUUUAAACUGCGUGCCUACCAGGAUGUCAUUGUUAACAUAAUCGAUCCAAAGGAUGUAACACUGGACUUGGUGGAGCUGACUUUCAAGGACCAGUACAUUGGCAGAGGAGACAUGUGGAGACUGAAGAAGAGUCUGGUGAGCACAUGUGCUUAUAUAACCCAGAAAGUGGAGUUUGCUGGAAUCAGAGCCCAGGUCAGCGAACUGUGGGUCAAAGGAGAGAAGGUGACUUGUGGUUACAUCGGUGAAGACACUAGGGUGGUUUUCAGAUCUACAUCUGCAAUGGUUUACAUCUUUAUCCAGAUGAGCUGUGAGAUGUGGGACUUUGACAUCUAUGGGGAUCUGUACUUUGAGAAGGCCGUCAAUGGCUUCCUGUCUGACCUUUUUGCCAAGUGGAAGGAGAAGAACUGCAGUCAUGAGGUCACCGUUGUGCUCUUCUCACGUACGUUCUACAAUGCUAAAACCUUAGAUGAGUUUCCUGAAAUUCUAAGAAGCUCCAUCAGGCCAGAUCACGAGGGACGUUUUUAUGAAGACUUCUACAGGGUUGUUGCUCAGAAUGAGAGACGGGAUGAGUGGACUUCACUUCUGGUCACUAUCAAGAAGCUUUUUAUUCAGUAUCCAGUCUUGGUGCGACUGAAAGCAGAUGGUUUUCCUCUGGGUUACAACUCAACUGCUGCUCAAGGAAAUUACCUCGAAGCUAUAAACCUUUCCUUCAAUGUGUUUGACAAACACUACAUCAACCGCAACUUUGACCGCACCGGACAGAUGUCCGUGGUCAUCACACCUGGAGUAGGAGUGUUUGAAGUCGACCGCCUGCUUAUGAUUCUCACCAAACAGCGCAUGAUUGACAAUGGUAUUGGGGUAGACCUGGUGUGUAUGGGGGAGCAGCCGCUGCAUGCGGUUCCAUUGUUUAAGCUGCACAACAGGUCAACACCUGGAGACUCGCGUGUUGGAGAUGACUAUAACCUGCCUCAUUGGAUCAACCACAGCUUCUACACGUCCAAAAGUCAGAACUCGUGCAGCUCCUUUACUCCUCGAAUCAAGCUGGCCGGUCGUAAGCUUCAUGCUGAAAAAUUUAAGAGCAACAAAGAACAUGCUCUCUGUGCUCCAAAGGACUCCGAUAACAGCCUGCCUAUACAGGUGGACUAUGAUGGCUAUGAUGCUCAGGUGUUCAGACUUCCCGGCCCUUCGAGGAUUCAAAGGAGUAACUUCAGAAUGGGCCGCGACAAAGAGAUAAACGGGAGGAAGAGCUGGGGCUCAGUGGGGGUCAGUACAGGCAUCGAUGCGUCCCCCCCUGUUCGCUCUGGUGCUCUUGAGGAACAGCGCAGUUUAGCAUCUGAUGAUAGUCUUGGCCCUGUGUCAAACAUGCUGCUGAUACCCCGCCUGCCUCCUAUGCAAUAUGAAGUCAGCAGCUCUCUAGGAUACACGAGCACCAGAGAGUUGUUGGAGAAGAUGAUAGACUCUCAGCGGGAUUCCAGUGCUCCAGGCAGGUUCACAGUGGGAAGUGCUGAGUCAACGUUGCACAUCCGUCCUGGAGGUUACACGCCUCAGAGAGCUCUCAUAAACCCCUUCACCCCCUCCAGGAUGCCCAUGAAGCUGACCUCCAACCGUCGGCGCUGGAUGCACACAUUCCCCGUUGGUCCUUCUGGGGAAGCAAUCCAGAUCCAUCACCAGACCAGACAGAACAUGGCUGAACUGCAGGGCAGCCAGCAGAAAGAAUCCUCCCACACCUCAGCCGAGCUGCUGGAGCUGGCCUAUGACGAGGCUACUGGAAAAAGAACGUCCAACAUGCAUGUGAGAGAAAACGGCCUUUAUGUUGGCGGAAGGAUGGAAGAAGUCACUGGAAGCCCCAACAACAACAGUGGUGAUAUUCCUUCUGAUAAAACAACUCAUUGUAGUACUUGGACCCAGUGGACAUGUUCCUCCACUGUUGUUCCACAGUCAAGAGUAACAAUGCACAUUGGGACCUUUGGCUUUGGAACCACAGAUCUUGCUUUCAUUGGUGUCUUUCCAUUUACACGCUUCACUCAAAUAAUUAUUACCUUCAGAAUAAGAUUCUUCUUCUUUUUUCUUGGUGCAGGAACCUUGACAAACCGUGGUUCUUCAUUUGAAACCCUUCCUGUCGGCGGUGCUGAACCAACCCUGCUGCUGUCUUCGCCCCCGAUAGUGCCCAGCUUCUGCUGCACAGUUGGGGUAGACUGGAAGUCUCUGACCACACCAGCCUGCCUGCCUCUCACCACCGAUUAUUUCCCGGACCGUCAGGCGUUGCAAAAUGACUACACUGAAGGCUGCUAUGACCUUCUGCCGCACAGUGACCUGGAGAGGCGUGAAGAUGAAGCCCCAGUGAUGAGUGCGUCUCAGGUGUUUGAGGAGUUUAUCUGUCAGAGGUUGAUGCAGGGAUACCAGAUCAUUGUCCAACAGAAUAACAGAAAGGCCCCGCCUGCUGUAGCCACGCCGCUUGGCAGCAGCCCUCUGUACUCCAGAGGUCUGGUUUCUCUGCGUCGGGCAGAGGAGGAAGAGACCGUUUACUGGCUCAGCAUGGGCCGGACCUUUCACAAAGUCUGCCUCAAAGACAAGAUCAUAACUGUAACUCGCUAUCUGCCAAAGUAUCCAUAUGAGUCUGCUCAGAUCCAGUACAGCUACAGCCUGUGCCCUUCGCACGCUGAUGCUCAGUUUGUGUCCUGCUGGGUUGAGUUUGGCCAUGAAAGACUAGAGGAAUAUAAGUGGAACUACCUGGAUCAGUACAUCUGCUCCACUGGCUCAGAGGACUUUAGUUUAAUUGACUCACUAAAGUUCUGGAGGACUCGCUUCCUCCUGCUGCCAGCUGGAGGGGCUCGGAGGGUGGCUGAUGGCGAGGGCCACUGGGACGUUUAUGGCGACAGCGUGGGAGCUGCGAUGGGUGGAGACUGGAUACUGCUGGACGGCUUCAUACGGUUCCUGGAGGGUCUCAACCGCAUUCGGCGACGCCAUCGGUCCGACAGAAUGAUCAGACAGAAGGGCACACCGCUGAAAGGACUGCAGGUCACAAGUCCUCUCCUUCCAUAUCCUCCCGAUCCUGUGCCGCCCCCACAGGGAAAGAAAGGCACCUCUGCGUUAUCGGCUCUGCUAGAGAUGGAGCAGAAUCAGAAAACAUUGGAGGAGCAGCAGCAGCAGCAAACUAAGACUUCAGCAGCUGUCAGUGACCCCUCAAAUGCUCCGACAACUACAGCAUAUGUAGAUAGUCCCCGCAAGGAUGCUGCCUUUAUUUUGGAUUUUAUACGUAGCCCCCGUUCCUCCUACGUCUAUCACCCUCAGUUACCAGCCGAAGCCAGCGAGGGAGUCCAACCUGGAGCCACAGCUGGGGCCACAGCUGGGGCCACAGCUGGGGCCACAGCUGGAGCCACAGUGCAGCCGGUGGGAGAGCCUGCAGCCAGCGGCAGCGCAGACAGCAGUGGGCAGUCUGCACCGGGAACCUUUUCCCUGUCCUCUUCUUCAACGCUGCUGGAGAUCCUGGAAGCCAUCAAACACCCUACCACAGGUGUCCAGCUGCUCCCAGAGCAGAAGGGGCUCCCCAUCAACUGUUUCAUCAGUGCUGAGGUGGUUCACUGGCUGGUCAACAAUGUGGAGGGCGUUACCACUCAGGGGAUGGCAGUGGAUGUUAUGCAGAAAAUGCUGGAUGAAGGUUUGGUGGCUCACGCCUCUGGAGACGCCAUGCGUAUCUUUGUCUAUGGCUUCUACUUCUACAGAAUAGUCGGAGAGAAGGACGGGCCCGCCGCCCAGCCUCCCACCACAGCGACUGGAGGCUGGUCUACUGCAGGCCUGGAAGACUUUGCCUUGUUCCAGAGGAAAUGGUUUGAAGUGGCUUUUGUGAUGGAGGAGCGGAGACACUCUGACCUACCAGCCUUCCUGCUGCCCUGGCUGCCCAGCCGGCCGGCCUCCUACGCAAGUAGGCACAGCUCCUUCAGUCGCAGCUUUGGAGGACGCAGCCAGGCCGCUGCACUACUAGCUGCGACCGUGCCAGAGCAGAAGACGGUCACUCUGGAUGUGGAUGUUAACAACCGCAGCGACCGAACCGAGUGGUGCAGUUGCUAUUACCACGGAAACUUCUCCCUCAACGCUGCUUUUGAGAUCAAGUUGCACUGGAUGGCUGUCACUGCUGCUGUGCUCUUUGAGAUGGUUCAAGGCUGGCACAGGAAGGCAGCCUCCUGCGGCUUCCUGCUGGUCCCUGUGCUGGAGGUGCCCUUCGCUCUGACGUCUUACCUGUACGGAGACCCCCUGAGGGCCCAGCUGUUCAUCCCUCUGAACAUCCCCUGUCUCCUGAAGAACGGCAACGACAACCUCUUUGAAGGCUUCGAGCCAGAGACGUACUGGGACAGGAUGCAGCUGUUUCAGGAGGCCAUACUGUACAGGUUUGGCUUCGCGCACGAUAAGUUUUCCGCUUCUGCUUUCAAUUUCCCCUCGGAGAACAAGCCUCAGUACAUUCAUGUCACAGGCACAGUGUUCCUGCAGCUGCCGUACUCCAAGAGGAAGUACUCAAGCGGGCAGCAGCGCCGCCGCAGGAACUCUACCUCGUCCAACAGCCAGGGGCCAUUCGGUGGCGAGGAGCGGGUCGGCUACUACUGGGCCUACAACACUAUGCUGACCAAAGCCUGGAGGACGGGCGUGCUGGGCGACGAGAGGCUGGCCGAGAGGCUGCUCAGAGACUUCAGCGAUUUUUGUGCCAAUAAGGACAACAGGCUGCUGAACUUCUGGGAAAGCUGCCAGGAUAAAAUGAACGCCAGUACUCCCUGACAGGAGGAGACACAUAAACAAGAACUGUGAACAAAUUAGAAGAGCUAUGUUUAUUUAUUUUGUGUUUAUCAAACUAAAAUGUUGAUCAGUAUUAUUAUUAUUAUUAUUAUCAUUAAUAUUCCAUUAGUUAUGCUACUGUACAAAAACACAGUACAAAAUGAAUAAUUAUAAAAUAAUAAAAUUAAUUUACAGCCUUUUACAUUUGACGUUCAGUCAAAUGUUAAAAUAAACAACUUUACGCUU